GGCCCGAGGCGUAGCCCCGAGACCCUGAGUGGUUACUGGCGAAUGGAGAAGGGAAGCCGCUGCCCUUCCCAGUUGUCGCCACCCCAGCUUCUCCCGGCUCAAAUUCGGCCUCCGAGUGACAGGAGGAGCACUUCUGUCCCUGGACCUACUUCUGAGUGUGGCAUUUGCCUGGAGGCGCGGAGGACUGACAGCCCGCCAGGGGACAGGACCUGGAAAGCGCCUGGGAAGCGGCAGUGCACAGGCGGCCUUCGGGUUGGGAGGCGAGCGCGCAGCCUGAGCUAGUAGGUUCGGAGGCUCCUGCGAGCGCCUUGUUGAUUUCUCGCAGGGACCGGGGGGCUCUCUGUUCUACAGUCGCCCCGUGUCCUCAGCCUUAUGCCCAGCAUCCUUUUGGGCGACCUCCUUGGAGCAAACCUCUGAUUCCGCUUCUCAGGAUUCCCCCUUCUCCCUUGGAAAAGCUGUCAAGGUGUCAGCCCUGAAAAGUCUGGACCUGCGGUCUCUGGGUACAGCGCUGGCAGACCUGAGAUCAGGGUGGCCCCCAUGCUCUUGCCAUGGCUCACAGGACUGGGGACUGGAAUGGUCUUCCUGCACUUCCUGCAGAAACUCCUGUUCCCUUACUUCUGGGACGACUUCCGUUUCCUGCUCAAAGUGGUGCUCAAUGGAUUUCGAGUGAAGAGACACCAACAGAGAGGGGAGCUGGUCACUGUGCUGGAUAAAUUCCUGAUCCAGGCUAAAAGGCAUCCCCAGAAACCUUUCAUCAUCUUCGAAGGAGACUCCUACACCUAUCAGGACGUGGACAGAAGGAGCAGCAGGGUGGCCCAUGUCUUCCUCAACCAUUCCUCUCUAAAGAAGGGGGACACUGUGGCUCUGCUGAUGAGCAACGAGCCGGACUUUGUCCACGUGUGGUUCGGCCUGGCCAAGCUGGGCUGCGUGGUGGCCUUCCUCAACUCCAACAUUCGCUCCGCCUCGCUCCUGAAUUGCAUCCGCACCUGCGGGCCCAAGGCCCUCGUGGUGGGCGCAGAUUUGAUUGAAACUAUAGAAGAAAUCCUUCCAGAGCUCCCCAAAGACGUCAGUGUUUGGGGGAUGAAAGACUGUGUUCCACAAGGCAUAAUUUCCCUCAAAGAAAAACUGAGCACUUCAUCGGACAAGCCUGUUCCACGCUGCCACCACCUUGUCUCAGACCUCAAGACUACUUGUCUUUAUAUUUUUACCUCUGGAACAACAGGUCUACCAAAAGCUGCUGUGAUUACUCAACUGCAGGCUAUAAAGAGUUCUGCUGGACUGUGGGCUUUUGGUUGUACUGCUGAUGACAUUGUUUAUACAACCCUUCCUCUGUAUCAUAGUGCUGGAGCUCUUGUGGGAAUUGGUGGCUGUGUUGAGUUAGGGGCCACUUGUGUGUUAAGGAAGAAAUUCUCAGCAAGCCAAUUCUGGAGCGAUUGUAAGAAGUAUAAUGUGACCGUGUUUCAGUAUAUUGGAGAACUUUGUCACUACCUUUGCAAACAGCCUAAGAGGGAAGGAGAGAAGGACCAUCAGGUGCGUCUGGCGAUUGGAAAUGGUAUACGGAGUGAUGUAUGGAGACAGUUUUUAGACAGAUUUGGAAAUAUUAAGUUGUGCGAACUUUAUGGAGCUACUGAAGGAAACAUUUGUUUCAUGAACCACACUGGGAAAAUUGGAGCAGUUGGGAGAACAAAUUUCUUUUACAGACUUUUUUUCAAAUUUGAAUUGAUAAAGUAUGAUUUUCAGAAAGAUGAACCCAUGAGAAAUGAACAGAAUUGGUGCAGUUGUGUGAAAAAAGGAGAACCCGGGCUUCUCAUUUCCCAAGUGAAUGCAAAAAGUCCCUUUUUUGGUUAUGCCGGGCCUUACAAGCAUACACAAAAAAAAUUGCUUUUUGAUGUUUUUAAGAAGGGAGAUGUUUACUUUAACACGGGAGACCUGAUGGUCCAAGAUCAGGAUUUCCUUUACUUUUGGGACCGUAUCGGAGAUACUUUCAGAUGGAAAGGAGAGAACGUUGCAACCACAGAGGUUGCUGAAGUUAUUGGAAAAUUGGAUUUCAUACAGGAAGUGAACGUCUAUGGUGUGUCUGUGUCAGGUUAUGAAGGAAAAGCAGGGAUGGCAUCUAUCAUUUUAAAACCACAUAAGUCUUUAGAUUUGAAAAAAUUUUAUGAACAAGUUGUAGCAUCUCUACCAGCUUAUGCCUGCCCAAGAUUUUUAAGAAUUCAGGAAAAAAUGGAAAUGACAGGGACAUUUAAACUACAGAAGUAUCAACUGGUAGAAGAUGGAUUUAAUCCACUGCAGAUUUCUGAUCCACUGUACCUCAUGGAUAACUUGGAGAAGUCUUAUGUUCCAUUGACCAAGGAACUUUAUGAUCAAAUAAUGUUAGGAGAGAUUAAACUUUAAGUUUUGUAUAU